CGCAACCGAAACAACAACAUUUCCUUUCUUUUCUUCUCUUUCUUUUCUUUUCCUUUCCGACGCAGAAAGGAAAGAGAAGAAAAGAAAAGGAAGAGAAACAGGAAGCAUUGUUAUUCCAAUAAAUUCAUCAAUCUUACUUGUUUUUCCGUUUUCUUCUUUUCAUAUUUCCUUCUGCAUUUUCAUUUCGAGACGCCAACUUCAAUGCCUGCUUCUUCAAAAUCCUAAGUCCUUCUCCCGUUUUCAUUUUUGAGGUUCGGCCAAUUCUCUACCACACAUUUUGUACGUGUACGUCUGUUUUGCGUGAAAUUCAGGGCGUUUGCUUUGAUCUGCAUUGUAACCAUAACUAAUCGGGAGAGGAAGAUUUUUGGUUAUCUCAAAAUGAAGAGUCAAAAAGCAAGGAAAUUAGGUGAGAAUGGGAUAAAAGACAGCUUAAACGGCAAUCAUAUUCCGCAUGUCGAAGAAAAAGAAGGCCAUGAAGCCAUGGUCGAUGGCAAUAUAGAACCAUUGGUUGAGUGGUUGAACCAUAUGAUUCCUUACUUAAAUUUGCCCUUGGAAGCCUCAGAGGAAGAAUUGAGAAGAUGCCUGAUAGAUGGCACUGUUUUGUGUAGCAUUAUGAGCAAGUUGAAUCCUGGUUUGAUUGAAAUGAGAGGCAACACUGAGCCUGGGCCAGAAAAAAUAAAGAAGUUUCUGGCAGCAAUGGAUGAAAUGGGAUUGCCUAGGUUUGUCCUUGCAGACAUACAACAGGGAUACAUGGUGCCGGUUUUGCAGUGUCUUCGCACACUUAAGGCACACUUUGAUUAUAAUGGUGGGAAAGAGAGCUUCCAGAAUCAUUCAAGAAAGUUAUGGAAUCUGUUGUUGACAAAUAGUAAGGGGGUGCAUCAACAAGCAGAAGGAAUUGCUCGUUCCAAGGGGGUGCAUCAACAAGCAGAAGGAAUUGCUCGUUCCAAAGGGGUACAUCGCUCUGUUAUAUCAGAGCCAUCUUCUACGUUUCCACAUGAUGCUGCACACAAGUUUCCCGAGGAGUUGCCAGUAAAGCAAGGAUUCUGUGCUGAUCUUUCAGAUUCUAAUAUUUUGGAUUUAAUGAAAUCAAAUGGUUUGGAUAAUGUCUCAACUCGAACAUUGUUCAGUUUGGUGAAUAGGAUUUUAGAUGAUAGCUUUGAAAGGAAGACCGGUCAAAUUCAGCAUAUUUUAAUGAAGAAAGUUGUCCAAGUUAUAGAGCAACGAUUUUCAUUUCAAGCAGAGAACUUGAAAGAUCAAAACAAUCUUUAUAGCAUUCAUACUGAGAAGUACCAAUCAAAAAUAAGAGCACUUGAGACUCUUGCAUCUGGGACCACAAAAGAAAUUGAGGUAUUACUGUCAAAGCUACAACAGAUAAAGAUUGAGAAAACCGAAAUAGAGCGGAAGGAAAAGGUUGAAGAGCUGGAUCUAAUUAGAUUAAAGGAAGAGAAAAAUCAUAGCGAUAUUGAGAAAUUAGCUCUGAGACAGGAACUAGAAUUAGCCAAGAAGGUGCAUGAAGAGCAUUACUUGAUCUUGGAAGCGCAAGCAAAGGAAUCGAAAGUUGAACUAGAGAAGAGAUUGGAGGAACUUGAGUGUUUUCUAACAGAGUCAAGAAACAAAGUGAAAGAACUUGAGUCAUUUUCUAAAUCUAAAUCUCAAGGAUGGAAAAAGAAAGAGGGAACCUACUGUAGCGUUAUAAAUUAUCAAUCUAAAGCUUUACAGGAAUUAAGGGCAGCAUCUGAGUCCAUAAAACAUGAAGUCUUGAAGACAAAAAGGAGUUACUUGGAGAACUUUCAGUUCUUGGGAGUGAAGCUUAGCACAAUAGCAAAUGCUGCUGAGAAUUAUCAUUCAGUGCUAGCAGAAAAUCGAAAAUUGUAUAAUGAAGUUCAAGAUUUAAAAGGAAAUAUUAGAGUGUAUUGUCGGAUAAGGCCAUUUCUUCAGGGCCAAAGUAAGAAGCAAACAACCAUACAGCAUAUUGGUGAAAACGGUGAAUUAGUUGUUACAAAUCCCUCAAAACAAGGAAAAGAUGGCCAUAGACUCUUCAAAUUCAACAAGGUUUUUGGUCCAACAGCUAGUCAAGAGAAUGUUUAUUUGGAUACCCAACCAUUAAUUCGGUCUGUACUUGAUGGAUAUAAUGUCUGUAUUUUUGCUUAUGGUCAAACUGGCUCUGGAAAAACUUACACAAUGAGUGGACCUGAUUUAUCAUCGAAAGAAGACUGGGGGGUCAAUUACCGAGCCUUACACGACCUUUUCCAAAUCUCUCAGAACAGGAAAAGCUGCUUUGCAUAUGAAGUUGGUGUCCAAAUGGUUGAAAUAUACAAUGAACAAGUUCGUGAUCUACUCUCAAACAACGGAUCUCAGAAAAGACUUGGGAUUUGGAAUGCGGCUAGACCAAAUGGAUUAGCUGUUCCUGAUGCUAGCAUGCACUGUGUUAAAUCAAGCACAGAUGUCUUAGAGUUAAUGAAUAUUGGGUUGAUGAACCGUGCUAUGAGUGCUACAGCCCUAAACGAAAGAAGUAGUAGAUCCCACAGUGUUCUCACUGUUCACAUUCGUGGCAUGGACUUGGAGACUGGUGCUGUUUUGCAUGGUAAUCUACACUUAAUAGAUCUUGCUGGCAGUGAAAGGGUGGACCGAUCUGAAGUAACUGGAGACAGGUUGAGGGAGGCACAACACAUAAAUAGAUCACUUUCUGCACUUGGUGAUGUGAUAUUUGCUUUAGCUCAAAAAAAUCCACAUGUGCCUUACAGAAAUAGUAAAUUGACGCAAGUUCUGCAAAGCUCUUUAGGUGGUCAAGCCAAGACCCUCAUGUUUGUCCAGCUUAAUCCUGAUGCAGAUUCCUAUUCAGAAACUGUCAGUACCUUAAAAUUUGCCGAGAGGGUAUCUGGUAUUGAGUUGGGUGCUGCAAGGAGUAACAAAGAAGGAAGGGAUGUUAGAGAACUUAUGCAGCAGCUGACAUCCCUCAAGGAUGCUAUUGCAAAGAAAGAUGAAGAGAUAGAGCGAUUGCAGCUGCUUAAGUCUAAUGUCAAUGGUGGGAAGCAUGGUACCAACUCCCAUAUAAGUGAAUCUUCUUCUCCAAGAAGACAUUCAACUGAGGGCCCACGUCAAAGCCCUAGGGCAAGUGAGGGGAAAAGCUUGGGACCUUCUGAUAAAGUGACUUCUGACAUGGAUAAUAGUUCAGAUAACAGUGAGAAACGUUCUGAAGCUGGUUCUCCACGGGAUGACUAUAGACAUCAGAAUGCGCCUCUGCCUCUGCCACAGUCAAAGUCAGUGGGUGACUUAAGACACAAAAAGGAACUUCUUUCUCAGCCACAGCUUAGAAAAUAUGUAAGCCAGAAUCCCAAGGAAGAUAUUGAUUUCUUGGGGUUUGGAGAUGCAGAUUCUGAUGAGAGAUUAAGCGACAUAUCUGAUGGUGGUCUUUCAAUGGGAACUGAAACUGAAUCUGUUGAGUUUGGUCUUUUUCCUCGGCCUGCAAAAUCACCUGGAAGUACAAGACCAGCUGAAACUGCAGAACCUGCAAAAUCACCUGAAAUUGCCUCACCAGCUGAAGUGACAAAACCAACUGAGAAAGAAGAGAAUACCCAGAAACCAAGUCCUAUAACAAAGCUUCCGAGGCCGCCACAGAAAUUGAUGCCAACAAGAUUUGCACGCUUGUCGUUGGGUAAGAGUUCCAUUCUGAGUCCGAGGGGUUCUUCAACAACAACUAGGAAAUCUAUUCCUGGUAGUUCCUUUGCACCCAAACCUCCAAAGAGAUGGCACUAAAUUUGGAGACUUUGGCACUAAAACUGGAGAUUUUUUUAGAUGCUAAAAAAAGAAUUGACACUUACUGUAGUUUGUAAAUCCUAACUUUAUUAUAAUUUGGGUACUUUUUUUUUUUUUUGGAUGAUAAAAAGGAAUUGACACCUACUGUAGUCUGUAAAUUCUAACCUCAUGAUCAUGUUGCUUCUCCCUAGCAUUUUCCUUUAUUCCAUUUAUCCCAUAGAAAUGUUUACUUUUGAAAGGAAUUAUUGUGUAAAUGUAUAUACUCAAAUAGGUUCAUAGUCUCAAGCUCGUUGAUUUUCAC